AUGACAGCCGAGAAGAGUGGGCCCGUUAUAAAUGGGAAGCCGGAAGACGGCCGAGAUCCAGAGGGGUCCAGCUCUAGUCUGGAGGACGGUGGCUAUAAUGAGAGGGGUCACUGGAACAACAAGAUCGAGUUCGUCCUAUCGGUGGCUGGAGAGAUCAUCGGACUGGGCAAUGUAUGGAGGUUCCCUUACCUCUGCUACAAGAACGGAGGAGGUGCAUUCUUCGUGCCGUAUGUCAUCUUCUUCGUGUGCUGUGGUAUCCCUGUCUUCUUCCUGGAGACGGCCCUGGGCCAGUUCACCAGUGAGGGAGGAAUCACCUGCUGGAGGAAAGUCUGCCCGCUGUUUGAAGGUAUCGGCUAUGCCACGCAGGUGAUCGAGGCUCACCUGAACGUGUACUAUGUGGUGAUUCUAUCCUGGGCCAUCUUCUACCUCUUCAACUGCUUCACCACAGAGCUGCCCUGGGCUGGCUGCGGACACUACUGGAACACAGAGAACUGUGUGGACUACUAUGGAGAAAAUGCCACCAACAUCACAAACCCCAACGCUACCUCUCCUGUCAUCGAGUUCUGGGAACGGCGGGUGCUGAAGAUCUCGGACGGCAUCGAACAUGUGGGCGGAAUGCGCUGGGAGCUAGCCAUGUGUCUCGCCCUCGCCUGGUUCAUCUGCUACUUCUGCAUCUGGAAGGGGCCGAAGUCCACCGGCAAGGUUGUGUAUGUGACGGCCACCUUUCCGUACGUCAUGCUGUUGAUCCUGCUGAUGCGAGGCGUGACGCUGCCGGGAGCGUAUGAUGGCAUCAAGUUCUACCUCUACCCGGACAUCUCCCGCCUGUCCGACCCUCAGGUAUGGGUGGAUGCUGGAACCCAGAUCUUCUUCUCCUAUGCCAUCUGUCUGGGCUGUCUCACCGCGUUGGGGAGUUACAAUGCCUACAACAACAACUGCUACAGGGACUGCAUCAUGCUGUGCUGUCUCAACAGUGGCACCAGCUUUGUGGCGGGCUUCGCCAUCUUCUCCGUGCUCGGCUUCAUGGCCUACGAGCAGAACGUCCCCAUCGAGGCCGUGGCUGAGUCAGGUCCUGGACUUGCCUUCAUCGCCUACCCUAAAGCUGUGACCAUGAUGCCUCUGUCUCCUCUUUGGGCCUGUCUCUUCUUCAUGAUGCUCAUCUUCCUUGGUCUGGACAGUCAGUUUGUUUGUGUGGAGAGCUUGGUGACGGCGGUGGUGGACAUGUACCCAGAGACCUUUCGGAGAGGCUACCGUCGAGAGCUGCUGAUUCUGGGCAUGUCUGUGGUCUCCUUCUUCAUAGGACUCAUCAUGUGCACAGAGGGAGGGAUGUACGUCUUCCAGCUAUUUGACUCCUAUGCUGCCAGUGGGAUGUGUCUGCUGUUUGUGGCCAUAUUUGAGUCCAUAUGUAUCGGCUGGGUCUACGGAAGUGACCGGUUCUACAUGAACAUCGAGGACAUGAUUGGAUACAAACCGGUCUUCUUCAUUAAAUGGUGCUGGAUGAUCCUCACCCCGGGCAUCUGUGCAGGUAUCUUCUUGUUCUUCCUGAUAAAGUACAAGCCCUUGAAGUACAACAAUGUGUACACCUACCCGGACUGGGGAUAUGGUAUCGGCUGGUUCAUGGCCAUGUCGUCCAUGGUGUGCAUCCCGCUGGGAAUCAUCUGGAUGAUCUGGAAGACUCCCGGCACCUUCGCUGAGAGGAUAAAGAAGCUGACCACUCCCAGUCCAGACCUAAAAAUGCGCGGGAAGUUCGCCGGCCUCAGUCCUUACGCAGUCAAUGAUGCAAAACUAAAGGCUGAUGGGAAAAUUUCCACCAUCUCAGAAAAGGAGACGCAUUUCUAA